AUGACUGCAAACCGACCUGCAAGCUUUGCGGAGAAGCGCAUGAAACUGCAAGUACAGAGUGCAAGAGACCGAAGCCAAGCCCUCCACCCUACAAUAUACGGCAACAGCGACUUAACAGACUACAAGAAAGACAACCGCUGGAGCUCCAGCAGUGAAGAGUGCCCGGAGCUGGGCACCUCGGCCACCAGCUCGAGCAGUGUCAGUGCGAGCAGCUCCCCCAGACGCAGCAGCUCCAAGCCAAUACAGCGAAAUGCUUCGCGCUCACGUUCCCGCCCUCGCUCCCGCUCAGUCAAGCGCGCGAGCUACGCCGACGCGGUGAGCGGUUCGAGCGACUCGGGUGGUCCGAGCAGCUUGGAUGCAUCGGCCGAAGCCGCAGUCAUACGGGUCCUAGAAAACAAACAGCAGAACCAGCAGAGCAAACUGCGGAAUCAGCACAGCCAAUUGCAAAGCCACCAAAAUCUCAUAGACAAGCUACGCAAAAAGACGCAAGAUCUCUGGAGUUCAAAACUCGACCGACCCUUCACGCAGGCCGAAAUCCACGUAGCCCUAUCCAAACUGACUAGAAAUACUAGCCCUGGUAAAGACCGGAUCGUUAACAAACACCUACGCAACCUACCGCAGCAGGCCACCGAGGCUCUCCUCUGUUACUACAAUGGAUGCUGGGAGAAGGGAGAACUGCCUGCUGUGUGGAAACAUUCGGACAUCACCAUGAUCCUCAAGCCCAACAUACCUCUCAGCUUGGAGAACCUACGCCCGAUCUCACUCACCUCGUGCGCGGGAAAGCUUUUCGAACAUAUGGUGCACGACCGCAUUACCCAGUACCUGGAAGACAACGGCCACCUACCGGACACCAUGUUCGGUUUCAGGCAGCACCUCUCAACGCGGGACGUGUUCUGA